GGCGAAUCUAGGGAAGGACAAGUCCUUUAAUAAGUUUCAAAACGGAACAAAGAAUCUAAUAUCGCACUGCCACUUUCAUAUUCUUAAAAAUAAAAUUUUGUAAUUAACAUAGAACUUUUCAGUGAAUUUUGUAAAAAAUAAUUGAAAUAGUUUUUUAUAAUCAUACAAAUUUAAAUUGUUUCUAAAUUUGCUAAUUAGCAAAAUAUAAAAUGGCAAAAUAUAUAAAUGUAGAAGAUGGAUUUACCAUCAAUGAUUUAACGUUAAAAGAUGGACUUGUUUUUGAAAUUAAUGAUGAUUAUGAGAAGUUCGAAGAUGAAGAGUUUGGUUAUUCUGCGGACAUAUCAUUAACUAACGAGGAGGCAUUAAAUCUUUUAAAUAUGGAUGAUUUCGAAGAUGAAGAUAACUGUGAUGAUAAUAAUACAAACCAUCAAAUAACAAUUUGUGGUAUUGGUUUUGAAAAAUUAAAAACUAAAAUGACUGACGUUUAUGAAAAUGGAAAAGUAAUGAAAUUAAUAAAACAAAAAGGUGUUGGGAAUUUUGUACCAUCUGAUGCACAAAUUACUAUGAAAUAUAUAGGACAUUUUGAAUAUACAGAUGAACCAUUUGACUCUAGUUUCGCUCGUGGAGGAGCAGAAACUUUUUGCCUCAAUCAAGGUGCAUUAAUACCUGGUUUAGAAAUUGGUAUUUCGACAAUGCAAAAGCACGAAAUAGCUAUAUUUAUUAUACAUCCGGAUUUGGCAUAUGGAAAAUAUGGUUGUGCUCCGCGAAUUCCUCCAAAUGAAGAAAUAUUAUUCGUUGUGCAUUUAAUUGAUUAUGUAGAUAAUGGAUCUGUUAAAAAAUUUCAAAGUUUAUCUUUAGAAGAAAGAAAACAAUUUGUAAAUGUUGUUAAGAGUGCACAGGGUAAAUUUAAUACUGCCAAAGAUUGCUUUAGUAAGCAGAAAAUUAAACAAGCAAUAAGAGAAUAUGGAAGAGCACUUCAAUGGUUAGAAGAAGCUGAACUGAAAGAUCAGCAAGAGGAAGAUGAAUUAAAUAAAUUACUUUCAAGAGGCUAUAAUAAUCUUGCAGUUUGUUACAAUAUUGAAAAUAUGCCACGUCGUGCUUGCGGUGCAUGCAACAGAGUUCCUAUACCUACAGCUAAAACUCAUUUCAACCAUGGACGGGCAUUAUUGAAAAUGGGAGAGUUCUCUAAAGCAAUGGAAAGAUUGCAACUUGCUCUAAAAAUGGAAUCUGAAAAUAUGGAGAUUAUUAAGGAAAUUAGACUUGCAAAUGAAAAACAUAGAAAGUAUUUGGAAACAGAAAAGCAGCUUUGGAAAAAUUGCUUAAAUGUUAAAGAAAAGAAAAAAGAACAGUCUUCUUUUGAAAAAGCUGCAUAUGAGAUGUGCAAAAAUUUUUCUGAGGAUAAUCAUCUUUUGAGACAACCACUUCCUGAAUCUUUAACAUCUGAGGAAGACAGAUGUAUACGCGAACAAGCCGCAGCUUUUAAUUUGGUUGUUACCACGCAUCAGAGAUAUGGUAGAGAAAUAACAUAUCUUAACAAAUCUAACUAUUAAAAUUAAGUAUUACUUAACUAUUAAUAAUUACUUAACUUAAUAAUUAACUAUUAAAAUUAAGUAUUAAAAUUUAAGUAUUACUUUAGUUAGAAUAUGAUACUGAUAUCAAAAAAGUAAUAUUAUAUUUUUAUACUGUAUUAUAUUUUUAUACUAUAAAAAAAUUAUUUAUAAAAAUUUUCUUCUUAAUACUUAUACUUCUUAAUACUUCUUAAUACUUUAAAAUCUUUCGACAAUUUUCAUAUUUCUGUACCAAUAAUAUAGGAAUAUUAUUUUUAUAUUUAAUAAGAUAAAAAACAUAUCAAAUAGUAAAUACAAAUAUUUCAUUUGUGAGAAAAUGGUAAAUCUACAGUAUAUAAUUAUGUAAGUAAUAGGAAACUACAUAUACUGACGCUUUAUAGAGUAAUCUUCUGGGAGAGAUUUUCUGAUUUCGUUACCAAAUCGUACUCUAUAUUUUCGUCUUACGAAAUCCCAAUCCACUACAUUUUCGAUUCUUAUUGAAUCUUUCAAAGACAACUGACUUUCUAAUGGACUUGAUCGAAGUAAUGGAAAGUUGA